AUGCAUGGCGGAAACCAAGCAAACCACUCGCAUCACCAACAGGAACGGCGGGUGCCUCGGGUUCAUCGGCCUUCCGAGUUCCUCACCCGGCCGCAACCGACGCACCCAGCCUUUUGGCUCGUAGGCGCGUGCUGCACGCUGCUGUGGGUCGCUAUCAUCCUCGCCGGCCUCGCCAUCCUCAUCGUGUACCUCGUCGUCAAGCCCAAGGGCCCCCAACUCGAGAUCUCCAGCGCCAACCUCAACGGCGCCAUCCUCGACGGCGGCGGCCUCCUCAACGCCGACCUCUCCGUCCUCGCUAACUUCUCCAACCCCAACCAGAAGGUGGACUUGAGAUUCGGCCAGGUGCAGCUGGACCUGUACUUCCGCAGCGUCCUGAUCGCGACGCAGGGCCUGGGGCCGUUCCGCGAGCGGAGGAGGGAGGCGGUGCUGCGCUACGUCCGCAUGGUGUCGAGCAGUGUGGCGCUGCCGGCCGACGCGGCGGAGGCCUGGCGUGCGGGGGAGACCGGGAACAGGCAUGCAAUGAAGGUGGUGGCCUCGUUCCGGACGCGGUCCGAUAUUGGCGGCUGGUUACACUACACGUUCCGGACCCGGCGCCACUGCAACAUCGUCGUGGGUGCGCCGCCCGCCGGGGUGCUGUUGGCCACCAGCUGCACCUCCAAGCACUGA